AUGGCUUUGGAGUGUCACCCACAUCUUGCUUGUAAAGGCAGAUGGCUUGAAUGUCCCCAGGGUUGUGCUGUGGGGUGCCCCCAGCACAGGGCGGGGAGCACAGCUGGGAAGCAGGGCACCAGUCCUGAGGCUGCCCUUGCCACAUGCUGUCCCUAACCCCCUGCAGAGCAUCCCUCCGAGAUGGCAAGUGCCUGUGGGGCAGAGCCCGAUGCAGAGGACACAGCCAAGACUGAACAGGCUGUCCACGAGGUGAUGCCCUGUGACAGGAUGGAGCUGAGCCAGCGGCUGGCCGUGGAGGAGCUCAUCACCACUGAGGCCAGCUAUGUCCACAACAUUCAGCUCUGCGUGUCAGACAUUCGGGCACACCUCCAGAAGAAGCAGCUGCCUGAUCUUGACUUGGAAGGACUCUUCUCUAACAUCGAUGACAUCCUUCAUGUCUCCAGACGGUUCCUGAAGGGUCUUGAGGCCACAGCCUCCCAGGAGGAUGAGCAGCUGCUCUGCAUCAGCACCUUGUUCCAGGAGUUCAAGGAAGAGAUGGAGAUGGUCUACAAGAUAUACUGUGCCAGCUACGAGCAUGCCCUCCUCCUGGUGGAGAGCUACCGCAAGGACCCCAGGCUGCAGGGGGAGAUAUUGGAGACCCUGAGUACAACAGUGCCUCACACGGGUGCGUCAGACCUCAGCUUCUUCCUGGUCAUGCCAGUGCAGAGGGUCACCAAGUACCCACUGCUGCUGGGGAAGAUCCUGGAGAACACCCCCGCCAGCGCCAGCGCCCACGCAGCCCUGCAGGCAGCCGUCCGCGCCAUGGCCCAGGCCAACGCCAACAUCAACGAGUACAAGCGGCGCAGGGAAGUAGCAACCAAAUACGCCAAGGCCGAGCCGCUGACGCUGCGGGGCCGCCUCGCCCGCCUCAACACGCACUCCAUCGCCAAGAAGACCACGCGCCUGAGCCGCCUCCUCAUGCACGAGGCCGGCAUCGUGGCCAAGACGGAGGACAGGGAAUAUGAUGACCUGGAGGAGAAGUUCCAGUACAUGGUGUCCAGCGUGGCUGUGCUGAAGGAGAAUGUGACAUCCUAUAUGGGCCAUUUAGAGGCGUUCCUGUUGCCCACCCCACACAAGUGGGAGCUGCAGCUUGAUGAGGGACCUGCCCAGCAGUACCACCGCUUUGCAGAACACCUCCACCACACUGUUUUCCCAGAGUUUAGCGAGAUGGGCAGCGUGACAUACGACGAGGAGGCAGCCAUGAACACCUACCUUGCCAUCAAUGCCCUGCUCGUGGCCGAGCUCCCACAGUUCAACCGGGUAGCUUUGCAGCUCCUGGGGCAGAUACUGCGCUCCUUCAGUGCCCUGCAGUGGGACUUGGCUGCCCAGGUCCUGCAACAGGCAGAAAAGGAACUAGAGCAGAUGCCCCAUGGCCACAUGCCUCUGCCCAGUUUCUGGAAGAUGGUGGAAGACACCUUGCAGCAGUCUGGUGCUCAGCUCCGUACCUUCUGCCAGACCUUUGAGACGGUCACACCGAGCCCUGUGACACAGCCUCUGAACCCUGCUGAGGAACGGAAGGUCCUUUCUCUUGUGAGCAAGCAUGGCCCAGACAAACUUUACCAAGUGACAAGCAACAUCAGUGGCAGCAGAGACUUGGACCUGACCUUGCAAAGGGGACAGAUUGUAGCUCUGCUUCAAAGCGUGGACACUAAAGGGAACACAAACAGAUGGCUGGUGGACGCUGGAGGUCCCCGUGGGUUUGUGCCUGCUGGAAAGCUCCAGCCCUAUUGCCCAGUACAAAGCCAGCAGCCCGGGAUGCAGAUGCCAGCCCUGGAGAGCAGCACAGAGAGAAGGCAACAUUCAUAUGCAUCACCUGAAGCUCCCAGGCCCGAGGUGGCCACCUUCACCCCAGCUUUCCAGGUGGUCGCCGGCUUCUCCUUCGCAGCCAGGAGCCCGCAGGAGGUCAGUAUCCAGGCAGGGCAACCUGUGGUGGUGCUGGAGUCGCAUGACAAGAAGGGCAGCAAGGAGUGGAGCCUCGUGGAGGUGAAUGGCCAGAGGGGCUAUGUGCCCUCCAGCUACCUGGUGACCGUCCCCGUGCAGGACACCAUGGGCUGGAGCUUGCCUGUAUGA